AAUUGUUUUUCUUGGAUUUUGAAGUAUAGAGAAAUUAAAGAUGGCUCCAGAUCUAUCAAUGAUUCUUCCUAGGGUUCUAAUCGUUUCUAGAAGAACUGUUCGUAAGAACAAAUUUGUUGAUUUUGUUGGUGAAUAUCACUUAGAUCUUAUCGUGAGUUAUGGAGCAGCGCCUGUUAUAGUACCGCGAGUUAGUGGUGUACACAUGUUACUAGAAAGUUUUCAACCAAUUCAUGGAGUUCUUUUAUGUGAAGGAGAAGACAUUGAUCCAUCACUUUAUGAUAGUGAUGAAUUAUCUGGAUUAUCACAAGAAGAGCUUGAAGAAAUAAAAAAAUUACAUUCAAGUGACACAACAAUUGAUAAAGAAAAAGAUUCAAUUGAAUUAGCACUUGCAAAACUAUGUCUUGAGAGGAAUAUACCUUAUUUGGGAAUUUGUAGAGGUUCACAAGUCCUUAAUGUUGCUUGUGGUGGCACCCUUUAUCAAGAUUUGGAGAAAGAAUUGUCCAAGAAUUAUCAAACGCUAUCUCGUUCAGACUCUCCAGAAAUGUCAUUGAUGUUGCACCCGUGUCUUAUUGGAGAAUUAGACAUGAACCCGUCGGGGUUAUUGAAGUGCUUGAACACCAUAGAGAAAGAAUUGACCAAGAACUGCAAAAACCUAUGUUGCUCAGACUCUUCAGAAAUGUCAGAUAUGCAACCAUCGACAAUAUUGAAGUCGUGUCCGAGUGAUAUAGAGAAAGAAUUGUCCAAGGAUUGCAAAAACCUAUGUUGCUCAAACUCUUCAGAAAUGUCAGACAUGCAACCAUCGACAAUGUUGAAGUCAUGUCAGAGUGUUAUAGAGAAAGAAUUGUCUAAAAGUUGUGAGAAGCUAUGUUGCUCCGACUCUUUAGAAAUGUUGUCACAUCCAUCAACAUUGAAGAGUCAAAGUCAGAGUCAGAGUCCGAGCGACAUAGGUAAAAAGUAUGAAAAAGUUGUACAUAUGAACUAUGAAAACUAUGAUGGACAUAGACAUGCGGUGAAAAUAGUUGAAAAUACACCAUUACACAAAUGGUUUAAAGAGUCAUUAGAAGAUGAUGAAAAAAUGGAGAUUUGGGUUAAUAGUUAUCAUCAUCAAGGAGUUAAGAGAUUAGCACAAAGAUUUGUGCCAAUGGCAUUUGCUAAUGAUGGAUUAAUUGAAGGUUUUUAUGAUCCAGAUGCAUAUAAUCCUCAAGAAGGUAAAUUUAUUAUGGGAUUACAAUUUCAUCCUGAACGUAUGCGUGGACAAGAUAAUGGUGAUUUUGAUUAUCCAGGUUGUGCUAUGGCUUACCAGGAAUUUGUUAAAGCAGUAAUUGCAUAUGCAAAGAAGCUUAAUGGUCCUGGAAAUAUACCAAGUAGAGGUAUAAAAUUCAACCAUGAAUUAGAGAGCAAAAGAAAAAGCAUUGUUAAAAGUUUUUCAAUUGCAAAAAAUAUGUAUAGCAAUGGACUUGGCAGAAUUUCAGAAAAAGAAUCUGAACUUGAACCUGGAGCUGAAUUUCUUGAGGCAAAUACAGCAUUGAGUGUACAACAAGAGAAUAGGUUGAAGCAAAUGGGAGCAACAGUGAGGAAUGCAUCAACAUACAUGAACAGAUUGAAGAUGAAUGAAGAAAGAGAAAAAAUGGCUAGGGCUAUUCUUGCAAAAAUGUCAAUUGAACAACUCUCAGAUAUGGUUAGUUUUUAUCAUAAAAUGGGACAACUUUGUUCUGAGGCUUUAGACAAAAAGUUCAAUGACAUGGAAUUACCUUGAACUAAAAAGCAGCUCGGUGCACUAAGCUCAUGUUAUACGUGAGG